UGUGUAAAUAUAAUGAAAGAGAGUAUUAAGUGUUUGUUUCAUUGAUUGGAUAGAAAUGAAUGAAUGAAUGAAUGAAUGAAUGACUAAAACUCUAUACACAAUGUUUGGACAAUAAUAGCAAAUGAAUAGAAUGUUCGCACCAUUUGUCACAUCAAUCACUUACUGACCACUCAUUGACUUUUGUUUUGAUUUUCACAGACAAUGAGUGGUGAAGAGCGACGAAUUGCACUCAAGAGUGUACCACUCGGUGGUCAUCAAAACAAUAAUAAUAAUAAUAAUAAUAAUAACAUUGUAGACAAACGUGAGAUGAAGAGAGAGACGAAAACACGACGCUUUCAAUUGACACUCAAUACACACGAAGAUCAUUGCAAUGAGUUUUCAUUUACUCAACUCAUCAGUCAAUCUGAUGAACCAAAUACUAAACCUAACGGUGCCGGCGAUUCUGAUGACCCGCUUCUUGAAGAAGAUGACGAAAAAAUACGUAAUUUGGAGAAACAUUUUCAGAGGAAAUACGGACCGAAAAAGAGGCGUAUAAUUGAGGAUCACAUCGACAAAGGAGAGGGAUAUGAUUUGACUGAUCCUUUCAUUGAUAACGAAGAGGCUUACGAUGAACUGAUUCCAUCUGAUAUGACCACUAAAUUUGGCGGAUUUUACAUUAAUUGCGGUGAACUUGAAUUUAGACCACUUUCUCCCGAAACCAUAGAUAAAAAUGAAUUGGAAAAGGAUGACGACGAAGACAAUAUCAAACCAGUUGUCAUUAAGCGGACAAAGAAAAAACCAUUUGUCGAAAGUAAUGAAGAAAUGCAGAAAUUAAAGAAGAAACGAACCAACACUUCCAAUACAACAAAUACAUCCAACAAAACCGAUAUACCAAAUAUAAUCGACACAUCUAACAAAAUUAACUUAUCCAACACAACCAACACAAACACAUCCAACAAAACCAACUCAUCCAUCACAACAAACUCAUCCGUCACAACCAACAUAUCCAACAAAACCAAUAUAACAAAUAUAAUUAACACACCAAACAAAACAAACUCAUCCAACACAUCCAAUAAAACCAAUACAAGUAUAAUCAAUACAUCCAACAAAAUCAAUAAACCAAAUAUAAGCAACGCAUCAAACAAAACCAAUAUAACAAAUAUGAUCAACACUUCUAACAAAAACAACCCAAUAAAUACAAUUAACAAAACCAACACAUCCAAAAUAACCAACACAUCUAAUAUAACCAACACAUCCAAUAUAACAAACACAUCCAAUAUAACCAACACAUCCAAUAUAACCAACACAUCCAAUAUAACCAACACAUCCAAUAUAACCAACGCAACCAAUACAACCAACACAUCUAAUACAUCGCGUCCGUCAAAAUUAUCUGAUUUGAGUGGUGUUUAUACCGGACAGGACUAUAUUGAUCAAUAUGUUGAACAUAUUAUGAGAGCUCAGAGUUUGAGAGCAGAGCGACAAAAGAAACAGAAGAAAGAAGCAAAGUCAGCAAAAGGUAGCGACCAAUCGUUGUGUACACCAUUGAACUUGAAGGUGACACCAAACAGAAGCACAUCGAGUCCACAACUCAACUAUAAUGACAAUUCAUUGGUUUCAAAACAGCUUCAAAAGCAAUCGUCUAAUUUAUCGAAAGAUUUCAUCAAAACGUCAAAAUAUGAUCAAACUAGUUCACGUGACACAUCUUUGACCAUAACUCCGGUAACGACAGUCCAGACUAAAUCGAGUGACAUAUUAAACAACAAACAAAAUUCAAUGAAUACUUCAUCGACGCGCAACUCAUUUAAUGUUUCAUCGAUUACAUCACCUGUAACUACAGUUCAGCAUAAAUCGGGUGACAUUUUAAACACCAAACAAAGUUCAAUGAAUAGUUCAACACGUAAUACAUUUAGUGUAUCACCGAUUAUAGCACCGGUAUCGACAUCUCAGCAUAAAUCACCCGAUCUAUUAAACGCCAAACAAACUUCAGUGAAUAGCUCAUCAACGCGUAACUCAUAUACCGGAAAUACGAUGACGACCUCGACAUCAGUAACUACAACUCAACACAAAUCGGGUGACAUAUUAAACAGUAAACAAAAUUCGGUAAACAGUUCAUCAACGCGUAACACAUUUAAUGUAUCGCCGACCACAACGCCUCAAUUGAUGAUGAAUGAGAUGUCUGGACACUAUUAUAUACAAAAUUAUGCCAAUUUGAUGCAAUUCGGACAAUUACACGGACAUGCAAUGAGACUCAUGGAUCAACAAAAUCAAGCAUCAUUAUUUAGCUCACAAUUGAAUAACCAAUUUUACUCUCAAUAUUCAACCAAAUCUACCAGUGCUUCCAAUAAAUCUUCAAAUAAAGACAAAUGAAUCAAUUUUAUGAAUUAACAACAAUCGAUGAAAAGUUUGAUUUUACAUAUUAUUGAUAGUUUUAAAAAGCAAAGUUAACAAGUUUUUCCUGGAGUGAAAGUUUUUCCUUAUUUUUGACAUACAUUUCUCUAAAAACCAAAUGGCAGUCAUUGAGAGUGAAAGUCUCACAUUUCAUUGCAGACAAGUUUAAGGUGAAUACAUGUGAAUAUUUGUG